UUAUCUGAUGGCAAGUUUGUACCCUUUUUCAUUCGUUGGAGAUUCCAAGAUGGCUUCUAAACAAAAAAGAAAAAGUUGAAGAUCAUUGGAGUUUUCUUUCCCAAGUGUAAAUUUAUGAUGAUUUCAGGCAAACCACGCUGUGAUGCUUGAAUAACACAAUAGAACUGCCAUGUCUAAAAAGAAGCCACCCCUUCACCUCACUGGUGAGAACACAAUGGACAUUGUACGCGGGAGCUUGGAUGAAAUCACCAGGACUUCCAGUUCUAAGAAGAGAGCAGGUAGCAGAGUCUCGUUGAAUAGUGCUUCAUCAGUUACCAGGAGAACUCCAGAUGUACAACAGUCUUUGGAAUAUCUGCCACCAGAGCAGCCAACUUUCAAAGAGUAUGACAUUGAAGUAGAGGAGUAUGACUCUGAUGAAGAUUCUUAUACUGACUACAGCGAACCUCUAAACUAUGAAAAUGAGCCACAGAAAAGACAAGAAAAUGAAAAUGCAAAACAGCUUGUUGCAGCAGAUUUAGGUAAAACACAGCACAAUUACCAAGAAGAAGAAAUCCCAAGUGAUGAAGAAAGGGACAUUAUUAAGCAGAUUAAAGAAGAAAUAAGAAGUCAGGUUAAGGAAGAAAUGAAGGAUGAAUUGGCACAAUACAGAAUCGAAGCUCCACCACCAAAGAAUGAAGAAGAUAAAGAAGACCUUGAAGAUUUAGAUCCAAAAAUUAAGGAAGCCAUUUUAAAAAUGAGAAAAUAUGAUAGAAUUUUAAAGAAGGUUACAAAGCGGGAAAAAACAGUCAAAAGACAAAGGAUUGCCCUCCAAAAACAGCUAAGAGAUGAACUCAAUGAACUUAAGGCAGAGGUGUCAGCAGACGGCAAAAGAGAGACAAAAGAUAUUUCAGUGAACACUGAAAAAUUCCUUGCUUUAGAACCACCUCCAAAGCACAAUGAAGGAGUGAUGGAAGAUUCUCCUCCCGUGAGCCCUGUCUUCCCCACCCAGGUGCUGGAUCAUGAGAGAGAGGGCAAGGCAUCAAAUACAGGAGCAGCAACGGGGACAUCAGCUGCUGCUGCCAGUCCAGGAUCUGAAAAUUCCCAGUCCAGUGGUAAGAAAGGCAAGAAAAAACCAGGAAAAGAAGAGUCAGGAGAUGAAAAAGCCAACAAAGAUUUCAUUAAAAGAAAUAUUGAGCUGGCGGGUGAUGCUGCUAACAUGAUAGCAAUGACAGAUGAUGAAAAGGAGAGACUGGAGCUUUUACUGGGGGAUCUGGAGACUUUGCCAGAACUUCCUGAAGAGGGUGAAGAGGCUGUUUCAGACAACCCUUUCCAAAUUGUUGUGCAACCAGGAGAUGGUUUUCUGCCUGGUAAUGAGGACAUGAAGGCACUGAAAGCCAUUGAUGAGAAGCUGAAAUCCCUUUUACCUUUUGAGGACUUUCAGUCAAUAUGUAGCAGCCCUAGAUCUCACACUCCACAACAGUCUUUUUUCACUCGAACUGGAAUCAUACAUUCAGUUGAUUUUGAUAACCUGGGUGAGAAGGCUUUGAAGGAAACAAAGGAGCACAGAGAGUUAACUCACAGACUUAAGGACAUUGAGAUAGAGUUGUCCAGACUUACAUCAGCUGUGGAUAGAGAGAUAUCUUCUCCUGCUUUGUCUGAGGAUCAGCUUCAAGACCUUUUAGACCAGUGUUCGCGCACUAUGUCAAGGGCCACGGCAGAGACAGAGUCAUUAAAUAACUCACCAAGGUCUGUGGUGUCUGCCAAAGAGAACCUGUUGGAAAAUCCACCCAAGUUACCAAAUGAUGUCCUCCAAAAACUACUGGAGGAGGCAAGGAGAGAGCAAGCAAGCAGGCAAGAAGGAACUGCUGGAGAUGGAGAAACAUAUCAAACGAAUGUAGAGCCCAUCACAGAUGAAGCUAUUCAAGAAUUAUUGCUCAACUCUAGAGCUACUUCACAAUCUACAGCAAGAUCUAGUAGCACUGCAAGAUCUAGCAGUUCAGACUCUGAUUCAGAUACUGAGAGGGAAGAGACUUUAAGUAGUGAAAACCAAAUGAACAGAGGCAGUUAUGUGCAAAAUUCCCAUCAACUAGACACUGAAGGGUCUGCCGGAAAUACUAAUUCUCAAGAAAACAAUACGGACAGUCACUGGAGUUAUAAUAAAUUGAGAAGUGAUAAAAACAAGAGCCAUAGACAUGUUUUGAAAAGCAGUUUCUCUGAGAGUGAUGCCACAUCGAAAGAUUCCUCUAAAACCAAUUCCAAACCAGCUGAUGGUAUGCUACCUAGACCACCAAGCAAGAAGAGAUCAGCCCAGUCAAGUAAAUCUAGAACAUAUUCCCCACAAAUGAACAGCAGUGAAAACUGAAUCACAACCUGUAACAUGUCCAUUUACUGACAGAGAGCUUUUGUUUGAUUCCAGUAGACUGCAAAGAUGCCUGCAAAUCUUAUACAUACGUGUAUAUAACCUUUGACAUCACAUUGAAAAAUUUAGAGUACAAGAAGCCAGUAACAUUUUAGAAGGCAUUGUUGGGAAUUGCAGCUUUUUACAUUACUUUGUAGUCGGAUCUUAGAGAAGAUGUACAGUACGUAUACUGUAUUGAAAUCUAAAGCUUUUUCGUGUGGCAUAUUGUGCCAAGCCUUGAAUUUUGUUGUGUCUGUUUUAUCUUUUCUGCAGUAGCAUAAUCUCAUGUCAAUGACAUGAAUUUAAUUAUCAGACAAAAUCCUGUCAUCAGUAUCAUGUUUUGUGAUAUCGUUAUGUUUAGGGACAUGACUAUGUUAUUGAGUUUAGAUGUAGAAAAACCUGGCUGGCAAAAGUAAUGCUGCAUAAUAAUGUUAACAACUUUGCUUGGUUUUUUUUUUUGGUGUAUUCCUAAGUUCUUGAUGCUUUUGUCAAUUGUAUACCACAGCAAAGCCAUAACCAUACAGAGCUUGGAAAAUAAUGAGGCAAUUAAAUGCCAGUUGCUACAUGUGAAGGGGGGGGGGG